AUGAGCAGUCACAACGGCUCCGAGCUCCACGUCCUCUGCAGCUCCGGCCAGCUGUUCUUGCAGCCGCUCUGGGACCGCCUGAGGACCUGGGAGGCCCUCAUCCAGUCGCCCGUCUUCCCCGUCGUCUUCUCCAUCACCACCUACGUGGGCUUCUGCCUUCCCUUCGUGGUGCUGGACGUCCUGUGCCCCUGGGUGCCCGCGCUACGGCACUACAAGAUCCACCCGGACUUCUCGCCGUCGGCUUGGCAGCUGCUGCCCUGUCUGGGGCAGACCCUCUACCAGCACGUGGUGUUCGUGUUCCCCAUGACACUCCUGCGCUGGGCGACCAGCCCCGCCCUCCUGCCCCCCGAAGCCCCCGAGCUGCUCCAGCUGGUCCGCCACGUCGUGCUCUGCCUGCUGCUCUUCGACACCGAGUUCUUCGUGUGGCAUGUGCUGCACCACAAGGUGCCCUGGCUGUACCGGACCUUCCACAAGAUGCACCACGAGCACUCGUCCCCGUUCGCGCUGGCCACGCAAUACAUGAGCGUCGGGGAGCUGUUUUCCUUGGGUUUCUUUGACAUGAUGAACGUCUUGCUGCUUCAGUGCCACCCGCUCACUGUCCUGACCUUCCACGUGGUCAACAUCUGGCUGUCGGUGGAGGACCACUCGGGCUACGACUUCCCCUGGUCCACGCACAAACUGGUACCUUUCGGGUGGUAUGGGGGCGUGGAGCACCACGACCUGCAUCACUCCCAGUUUACCUGCAACUUCGCCCCUUACUUCACACACUGGGACAAAAUACUGGGAACUCUGAGGUCUGCUCGCGCCAGGUGACAUGCAGGCACCCCUCCCGGCGUAGUAGUGUGUGCUGUGGUGAGGGGUGGGUGUACCUCAGACAUUGUGCAUUUCACCCUUGAAUCGGAAGAGACACCCUUGAGGUUGCUUUUUUGUUUUAUUUGCUGGAAACUUAUAGAGAAAAUCUGAUGUAUUUUUCACAAUCUAGUAAUUUAUGUAAUGUUUGUAUAUCAACAAUUAUAUUCUUGAUGUGGAAUUCUAGCUCAUUUCAAUAGCCUUGAUUUCUGGGUAUAAAGUAUCCAAAAUCACUGGCGUAUUUAAAUAAUCUCUAAAAGGGUUUGUUUGUAGAACAAGGAAUUUUACUCUGUUUGAAGGUGUCCUAGAACUAGGCUAAAAUAUUUUUAUGGAGAAUCUGAUCUGUGACUCUGUAAACAAUGAAACAUGUUCCUGCUGGACAGUGACUAAGAUUAUUGUACCUUUUUUCUUUGUUUUCAUAGAACUGUACAUUUAUAUAGAAGGAAACAUUAUUUAUGCUUGAAAAAAAGUAAAA